AUGGUUCAAAUCACCUCCUCCAUCCUCCUCGUCGCCCUCCUCGCUGCGCCCUCCUUCGCUGCGCCCAUCUCCGGUGACUACGAGGACCUGUCAGCACGCGAGCCUCAGCGCCUCCGCGCUGCUCUCAGCCGAGUUGGCAAGCUCUUCACCUCAAACCGUGUGGCUGCUGCUGCCGGCGUCGCCAGUGCUGCUGGUGUCAUCGCAGAGGAGCUCGCCACCCGUGAACCCAUCUUCGGCAAGAUCUUCCGAGGGGUGAAGAAGGUCGCCGGCACUGCACUCAACGUCGCCGGUUCGUUGACCCAGCGCGAGCUCGACCAACUCAACGAACUCGCCGAACGUGAGCCCAUAUUCGGAAAGAUCCUGUUCAAGGCCGCACGGAAGGUCGCAGGGGUUGCUGCCGGCGCCCUCAGCGGACGCGAGCUCGACGAGGCUGAGCUGUUCGCACGCGAUCUGAGCUUCCUCGAGGACCUGAUUGCCCGCGAUUUUGAGUUCGAUGAGCUUGAUUAA